AUGAUACAAUGUGUAGAACAAAUCGUCACCCUGGAAAGUGUAAAGCAGGCAGCCAACUCCGCCUCCGAGACUGUCCAACAAGGUCUUCGCGGCACCUCCAAGGAAGCGAACAAGGAGGUAGCCAAGGACUCUAACGCCCCCGUCGGCACCCGUGCCUCUGCCGCCAAGGACGCUGUUGGUGACAAGGCUGAGGAGCAGAAGCACUCUAGCAAGUCCGAGGCCCACAAGCAGCAGAUCUAA